GAGAGAGAGAGAGAGAUAGAGAGAGAGAGCGAUCCACGACGCUGCGCCGGUGCACCACGGGGUGCGCAUUCAAACUGACCAGCGCGUGUCUGUGAGAGCGCAGACACCUUCCUCUCUGCACAGCAUCACCGAUCAUCACCGUUGCUGCAGCUGAGCCGGUGCAGACGAGCAGCAGAGAAGCAGAAGAAGAAGAAAGAGGAGAAGAAGGAGGGAGGUGAUGUUCUCCUCUCGGCUCACUGUGAGCUCAGCGAGGGUUUGAGUCUGACAGCAGCAGCAUUUCCUUCAACUGGAGAAUAUCCCAAAACUAUCCUGAAAAUAUAAAAAAAACAGAACAAGCAGCUACACCUCAGCACCUGCGUCCUCGCUCUGCUCCACCUCGCUCUCCUCAGUCCGUAGUGCCAUGGCCUUCACCCUGUCAGAGAUCAUGGCAGCGCGGCGGCAGCAGCAGCAGCAGCAGACUCAGGCUCAGGCUCAGGCUCAGUCUCACACUCAGAGAGGAAACAGGACGACGGUGGAAGUGGACGAGUACAGCACCAACCCCACCCAGGCCUUCACCUUCUACAACAUCAACCAGGGACGCUUCCAGCCACCACACGUCCACAUGGUGGACCCGAUGCCCCACGACACGCCCAAGCCGCCCGGCUACACCCGCUUCGUGUGCAUCUCAGACACCCACUCCCGCACAGACGCCAUCCAGAUGCCGUACGGCGACGUGUUCAUCCACGCCGGGGACUUCACCGAGCUGGGGCUGCCCUCAGAGGUCAAGAAGUUCAACGACUGGCUAGGUACCCUUCCCUACGACAUCAAGAUCGUCAUCGCCGGUAACCACGAGUUGACCUUCGAUCAGGAGUUUAUGGCCGAUUUGAUCAAGCAGGACUUCUACUACUUCCCCUCUGCCUCCAAGCUGAAGCCGGAGAACUACGAGAACGUCCAGUCGCUGCUCACCAACUGCAUCUACCUGCAGGACUCCGAGGUCACCGUGAGGGGCUUCAAGAUCCACGGCUCCCCCUGGCAGCCCUGGUACUACGGCUGGGGCUUCAACCUGCCACGGGGUCAAGCUCUGCUGGACAAGUGGAACCAGAUCCCCGACAACACGGACAUCCUGGUCACACACUGCCCCCCACUGGGAUUUCUGGACUGGGUGCCGAAGAAGAUGCAGCGUGUCGGCUGCAUGGAGCUGCUCAACACGGUGCAGAGGAGAGUCCAGCCCAAGUUACACGUGUUCGGACACAUUCACGAAGGUUACGGCAUGAUGACCGACGGCACCACGACGUUCGUCAACGCCUCGGCCUGCACCGUCAACUUCCUGCCCAUGAACGCGCCCAUCGUGUUCGACCUUCCGAACCCUCGGACCACAUGACUAGAGGAGGCCGGCUCCAAAGCCCCUCCAGCCAAUCAGGAGAAGGGAGCCCGGAGAGGUAGGUGAGGUCGGCGGGCAGCUAGAAGCGAAAUCUGUAAAUACAACGCGGGUGUGCGUUUGACGCGGCGCAGACUGCGUGGAGACGGAGUGGAGUAAACUUCUUGUGUCAUUUCCAUGUGCCAACUUUUCUUCAUCUCAAUGCUGAGAGUAAAAAACGGACAAAUGGUCGAGAGGAAAGCGGUCAAAAGCGAGCACUCGGACGUUUUUUCUGCGCUCUCUUACUGCACUGACAAUCUUGACUUUGCUCUCAAAGAGACUCCUGGACGUCUGUGUCGACUUUUUAUUUCACUUCAAAGUUAAACUGCAAACAUCUGACUGAAAGCUCGACAGGAGUUUUGGUUUUUUGCAGCACCGGAACAUUCUCCAAGCGAGAACUUUCCUCGCUCUCUCUCAGUUUUGAACGUUCAUUUUCCAUCUUUUUUUUUUUUCUUCCUCCUGUUUCUCUGCCCUCCUCAGGCGUGUGUGGUUAUUUUUUUAUUUUUUUUUGCAAGUGUAUGUGUGAGAUCAAAGCGAGCGUGUGAGGGCAGCGAGAGGUCUGUGCCAGGGGUGUUUAGAGAGUCGGGAUGUCAAACAUGUUGACACCGCUCCCCUGGGCCUCAUUACGGCGCUCGUCAGCCGUGUUAGCAGGCCGAGAGGAGGACGCGCAGGAAACCACCAGCUGCACUUCUCCCUUAUUUUCCUUUCCCCCCCGCUUCUCAAUAUUUGAUGCUGCGGAGCUCAGACUUUUAGCGAGGAUAUCUUGCUUUUUGGACUCGGUUAGCACGCCACGCUACAUGCUAACGAUGUAAGAGAUUGAACAUUUGAUCCUUUCUAAGAGGAGUAAAGCUGUAACUUAAUGUACUGUAACCGGUCUAUGUAAAUGUUCUCUGUCAUUGUAAAGACAAAAUACUUUUUCUUGAAGAUUUCCAAGUUGUUGCGAUGCUUUUCAAAGAAUCCUUGUUCAUAUUUGUGUGCUUGUAACCUUUCUUUUGAUGUUUCUAAGUCAUGUAAAUGCUUAUUGUUGUGUUUCUUCUUCUUCUCUGUGAAGCAGGUCGGCGCCGUUCAUGAUGAUUUCUAGCACCUCAUGUCCCCGAGCGUCACGUCUUGUGUUUU